UGCUCGGAUGUUGCCUAAUUCAGAUUCGAAUUCGUGUUCGUUAGGAGUGCUUGAAGAUUUUUAUAUCCAUUUUUUUCGUAUAGAGAAAUGAAGUGCUAUUUAACGAUAUUUGUUCUCGGAUUAACAAUUUUAGGGCAGUUUCAAACGGCAUCAGCUGGGACUUGCCUAAAAUGUGAAAACUGUUCUGAAGAAAUAACAGACUUCAGCAUCAGUGAGCCGUGUGAAGCCUGUGCUGUAUACAAAAAUGGGCUUAAUCAGAUUGAUCGUGGAUGUUUCAAUAGUCCAGAGAAUAUUGUGCUGGUUUGUCUGGUUGAUAACUGCAAUUACAAGCGAAUACCAUUAUGUGAACAAUGCACGAAUUUGGAAACAUGUGUAACUGUUGCAUGUGGCAGAGAAGAUGACAAGUGCUAUGCCGGAAAAUUUGAUGACCGCCGCGGCUGCACUUCGGAUGGCGUUUACAAUGCGGAAGAAUGGGAUGAUUUCGUAACGUGUACAACGGAUAGGUGUAAUCGGGUGCCGCACUGUGUCGUGUGCGAUUCAGAUAAUCCAAAUGAGGCAAACUGCUUGAACGAGCCGAAAGCAUUCAUUGCAGCGUGCCUUAACCAUGGAUUAGUUCAAGAAGCAAAUUGCUAUCGACAAGUUGACGGAGAGCACUUUCAGCUGGGGUGCACCUCAGCAGGUGAUUUUCCUUCGGGAUGUGGAGAUUCAACUGUUAGCUGCAGAACAUGUGAAGCUGAUGGAUGUAACGCAAAAGCCCUAAUGGAAUGCUACACUUGCAUAGACUGCCCAACCAUCGAGCCUCAACGACCAACACAGUUCUGCAAAGAUAUCUAUUUAUUUGCCGUCUUUAGUUAG